AUGGCACUGCUGAAAGUCAAAUUCAAUCAGAAGAAACGGGUAAAGCUAGCGCAGGGACUAUGGCUCAUGAACUGGUUUUCAGUGUUUGCUGGAAUCCUUGUUUUUAGCAUGGGAUUGUUCCUCAAAAUUGAGCUCCGGAAGCGAAGCGAGGUGAUGGACAAUUCUGAAAGCCACUUUGUGCCCAAUUCUUUGAUAUUGAUGGGUAUAUUAUCCUGCGCCUUCAAUGGUUUUGCUGGAAAAAUUUGUUACGACUCUCUGGAUCCCGCUAAAUUUGCCAAGUGGAAGCCUUUGCUGAAACCUUACCUGGCUCUGUGCUGCGUCUUUAACAUGCUCCUUUUCUUCGUGGCUCUGAUUUGCUUUCUGAUGCGGGGCUCCCUGGAGAGCACGCUGGCCCAGGGGCUGAAGAACGGCAUGAAGUUCUACCGGGACACGGACACCCCCGGGAGGUGCUUCAUGAAGAAGACCAUCGACAUGCUCCAGAUCGAGUUCAAGUGCUGCGGCAACAACGGCUACAAAGAUUGGUUCGAAAUCCAGUGGAUCAGCAACAGAUAUCUGGACUUCAGCUCCAAAGAAGUGAAAGACCGGAUCAAAAGCAACGUGGACGGGCGGUACCUGGUGGACGGAGUCCCCUUCAGCUGCUGCAACCCCAGCUCCCCCAGGCCCUGCAUCCAGUACCAGGUCACCAACAACUCUGCCCACUACAGCUAUGACUACCAGACCGAGGAGCUCAACCUGUGGCGCCGCGGCUGCCGGGAAGCGCUGCUCAGCUACUACAGCAGCAUGAUGAGCUCCAUGGGCGCCGUCAUCCUCCUCGUGUGGCUCUUCGAGAUGUCGGUGAUGGUUGGCCUGCGCCUGCUGCACACCUCCCUGGAAAGCAUUGCCAAUCCUGAAGACCCCGAAUGUGAGAGUGAAGGGUGGAUCCUGGAGAACAGCCUGAAGGACACUUUCAAGUCCGCGCUGGAGAACUUGAAAAAGCUGGGUAAGUUCAACCAGGUGGAAGCAGGAGCCGAAGGGGCCGAAGGAGAGGAAGGCGGGAAGACGCCAGCCAUCACAACAGUCAGCUGA